AGCUCGGCUGGUGUUGCACAAGGCUAGCCUGUGUGUUCAGCAAAUACAAGCGUGCGAGGAAGAGUCGGUGCCACUCACUGGAAGAGAGCAGAAUCUCAGCCAUGGACAUGGAGAAGGUCAACUCCAUGGGCUUCGGUGAAUUUGUGGAUGUGUUUGGGAACGUCAUUGAAAAAUGUCCUCUGGUCGCAGCUGCCGUUUGGUCCCAGCGUCCAUUCUCUGGCUCGGAAGACUUGGAAAAACACUUUUUUGAUUUUAUCGAUGCUCUUCCAAGGUCAGGCCAGGAGGGCAUCCUACGUUGUCACCCGGACCUAGCGGGCCGAGAUCUGCAGCAGGGCACGCUCACCGCCGAGUCGCGGCGGGAGCAGAGCCAAGCGGGCCUCACCAGCCUGGACACAGACGACCGGCUGCGGCUGCAGCAGCUCAACGCGCUGUACCGCGAGCGCUUCGGUUUUCCAUUCGUGCUAGCUGCGCGCCUGAGCGACUGCGCCGCAGUGCCCCGGGAGCUAGCCCGCCGGCUGCAUUGCCAGCCCGAGUCCGAGCUGUGCACUGCCCUGGGCGAGGUGAAGAAGAUCUGCCACUUGCGCCUGGCGGAUUUGCUAGGCGCCGGUCCCGCCAGUGUGGAACCGCAGCGGGACUGGGGAUCCGAACGCCAGCAGGAUGCGCCACAAAGGGAACUUGGCGCAGCACACCCUUCGCCGGAGGUUGGCUCCGGCCUGGAAGACAAUCCUCUCACCCACACAAAGCAAGUGGAGAACUGAAGCAAUCACACGAGCAAUGAAUGCAUCCUUUGUGCACUCAUCCACAUGAACACGCGUCGCCAAAAUAUGUCAAAAUUCUAGAGAGUUUAGCGCUUUGCCCCGGAUUUAUCCAGAUCACUGCUUCAAUUCUCCAUUCGCCUUGCGGUCUGCCGACACUACAGCUUUAGCGAAUUGAAAGCUCCCAUCUGGCUCCCCAUUCUCUCCUGCUAAGCAGGAACAAGCAAUGCAAAAGGCACUGAAAGGGGAGUCUUGUAUUCCAUAGUGAUUUUUCUUUUCCCACUUCAUUUGAUUUACCUGAUAUUUACACGUGAGCAGAAGCGACUGUCUCACUCUGAGACACUCAUGAAAGCUGAAGUUGGGAGGGGGGAAUUAAAACAUUGGUUUUGGUCCCAGGUGAUCAUCUAGCAGUGGGAGCUGAGUUCUCUUACUCAACUACCAACUUGGGGACUAUGCUCUGCAGAGAUCAGUGUGUGUGUGUGUGUGUGUGUGUGUGUGUGUGUGCCCAAGUUGGAAAGUUUUGAUGGUCAGGAGCCAGUGUCACCCUUGUCCCUCCAAAAGGUCAGCCUUUGGUGGUGGACUGGACAGCCCUACGAGCUACCCAAUAUUAAAAUAACAAUACUCAUUGGACAGCCAUGGGUGUUGUGGAGCCCUGGAUGAAGAUGGUAUCCAUAGUGCUGGUAAUAGGGGGGUAGAGAUGAUGCAGAUAGAAAUCUAUAGAACAAGUCAGAUUUGGGAACCUGGAGAUCCAGAGUCAGUCAGCCUGCUGUGGUCUCUGAAGAAGUGACAUCACCAGCAGGAGACGCAGUCACAACAUCCCCCCU